AUGGAAGCAGCGGAUUCUGAGGACCAGAACUCACCAGUGAAUGCGAACAUAGAAUACAGGGUUCGAGUCGUGUCCAAAAAACAAGUGCAAGAGCAGAUAGACCGAUAUAAAGAGCUGUUGAAGACGGUUUUGGACGGACAGACGCAGUUAGCAGCAGACACGAAGAAGGAACUGCUGGGAGAGCUGCUGGCGAACUUCGAAGCAGCAGUUCAACAGAAUGUUUUGGUGAAUGGUCAACCCUGGAUUGAUGCAUCUGAAGACGAAGAGCUCGACCUGCAAGGCCAGCUGGACGAUGUGAUUGUAGAAACAAGCAGCAAACGUCGCACUUACCCAAGAAAGAUCCGUCAUCACGUGGUUCAUGCUCUGAAGGCCGAACGCAAGCUAUUGGGUCUUUAUGAGAAUACAGUACAGCCCCAUGAAGUGUCCAAGGAUCCAGAGCAAGAGAGUAUUAUGAGCACGCUCUCGGCCGAAGCUCCUCGAUUGGCAAAACGAGCUACUCAAGCCAUACAGUCGAUCCAGACGCUACAGAAACAAGCUGAAGGCCUAUGCCAGAUCCUCAACUCGCAACCGAGCGCCGCAUCUUUAGAAAUACACCGAGAAAUUAUUGGAGACUGUGGCCAAUCAGACGCCCCGAGGCAACCGCAGCCAAUCAGGAGGCUCGCAGAGGAAACGUCCAUCGCAAACUGCUACAUCCAAAUGGGAAAACCACUGCAACAAAUGGACAUGAGGAAAAUACAGGAUUGA